CUCAUUGGUCAAUAAUAUUCCUCUAGUAGUUCACAUCAGCUUCCAAAUCAUGCAGGCUGUAGCGGUGACGUGUGCCGCAGUGGUCGGAAGUGUCCACGCGUACUCUGAAUUUCGGUACAAGAUCCCGAACGGGUUCGAAGUCGAAGGCUUUUCAGCCGUCGGCCACGCCAACAAGGUUGGCGGCGGCGAUGCCUUGUCGUCGUUUGGGAACGACUUCAUCGACGCCGGCUACAAGUGGUCCAAGCUGUUGUGCGCCAUGGACUCUGACGGGGAUGGCGCGACGAACGGGGAAGAGCUGGGAGAUCCAUGCUGCAAGUGGAACGAGAUCGAAAGCGACUACCCGCUUCGAUCAUCCCAGCUGUCGUCUCCAGGGCACCCCGACGCAUUCUCCGAUGCGGAUUUAGCUGCCAUCCAAUGCCACCUCAGCAACGACGAGUUGUAACUUAAUAUACAUGCAUCGUACGGUAUCGCAGA